UGGAGCUCAGUCGGCAGUUAGUGGAUUGUAGAGAAGCAAUCGGCUUCAUUCUGCGGUAACCGCGCUGGGCUUAUAAUACUACAGCGUUGUAUUAUGUUUUCUAACUAAAAGUGGCAGUGUGAUCAGUUCAUUUUCUUGUACUUCAAGAUGGAAAAUUCUGCCUAUGUCCCGAACUCUCUUCCACCACCGGCUUUGGUAGUGUUUUCCCAGGCAAGCGGACUGCCUGAGACACUUAGGAUGCAGAGACCUUUUAAUCCACAGGCAACAGAAGCCAAGGAUCUUCACGUACCAUUUACUGCCGCCAGUUUCGGUUUGCGUCACAUGGAUGGUUACUCCGGUUUGCCCGCCCAUUUACUGCAUCACCUGCAGCCUCAGUUUCUUCAUCCGGCUCUGGACCCGCGCAUUCCGUUCGGCUCUGGUGCGUUCAGACCUCUCAGCACGUCGGUGACCUCUGAAGCGAAGGGCUUCGCGUCAGCCUUUGCGCCCCCCGCCAAGUGUCUGAAGAUGGAGACGGGCGGCGGCAACUCGUCGGCGGCAGCCAGCCACUUGUCGGCGCUGUUCUCGCCGGUGGUGGUCGGCGAAGAGCGCGGCUACUUGAACGGCCAGAACCAGCAGCGAGCAGACUCCAGUUCGCCGGCGAGCAUCUCCGUCUCGCCGCCGCUGCUGCAGUCGGCCGUCAAGGAAGAGACGUCGGACGCCCCGAUGUCCGAGGACCACGAAGGCACAGCCACGCCGGGCUCGGAGGUCACCGAGAGAUCCACUCCCGAGGAGGGCAGGGGAUACAGACUUGGCGGUGCCGGCGCGGGCCACUGUGGUGGUCCGGACGCGCUGGGAGUUGGUCUCGGCUUCGGCUUUGGCCCCGCCGCCUACGGCUUGGGCCCGGGUCUCCCAAAAAGCCGUUGCCUCCUUUUUGAGCAAGGGAAGAAGAAGCAGGUUGCAGACCCGCCGUCCUGCCCCGUGUGCGGGGUGACUGUGCGCUCCGGAGACCUGGAGGCGCACUGGGUGCACGAGCUGGAGCGACUCUGCAAGCUGGGGCAGGGGCAGCGCGCGCGGCGUCCCGGGGGCGAGGCCUCGCGCGGGCCCGCGCUGCAGUCGCCCGCCGACGCCACCACCGAGGGCCGCUGGGACACCUAUCAGAGGAUCAAGGCCAACAGGCAGAGUCGAUUACGAAUCAAAAAUCGUAAGCGGAAAGCAGAAGAGGCGAUAUGCCCAGUGUGCACCAACAGGAUCCAGGGCAGCAUGGAAGAGUUGAACCAUCACGUGGAGGUGUGUUUGCGGAAGCAAGGUGGCGCGCCUGAAGAGGAGGAGAACGUCGACGUGGAAGGCGACAACGAAAUGUUCGAGGAGUACGAGUGGGCCGGCCAGCGGCGAAUUCGCGCCACCACGCUGCUCAUGGGAGGCUUUUCGGGCGCGGGGCUGCAGACGUGCAGCAGCCGGCCCGGCCCGCAAGACGACGACGUGGACCUGGUGGUGGACGGCGACGACACGCUGGCGUACGGGCCGCCGCAGUACUCCGAGUCGGACGUGGUGGUCACCAGCGCCGAGGGCCCGCGCGAGGAGCGCGAGCGUGAGGCGCUGCGCGACGCCGUCAUCAGCCCGGACGGCAACAGGCCGUCGCCCGGCGGCCGCGACCUUGACCUGGACUCCGACGCCAAGGAGCAGGAGGAGCCCUCGUCGACGGGUGGCGCGGGGGCGGGGGCGGGGGCGGCGGCGGCGGGCGACCGCAGCGCCCCCGCCGACUCUGCGGCCGACAGCCGCGUCCUGGAGGCGCUCAAACUGCGCAUCCGCGAGCUGGAGCUGGAGUCGCGCGCGUCCAGCGACCACAAGUUCAAGUGCCUCAUUUGUAUGGAACUGUAUAAGAAACCUGUGAUCUCCAUCUGCUGCUGGCAUGUGCACUGCGAGGAGUGCUGGCUCCACACGCUGGUAAUGUCCCUGUGUAUGCUUGAUGCGCGCGCAGGCAGUUUGUCCUCCCUGUCGGUUGCCGCGCUCUUGUGCCUCUGUGCCGGCUGUCCGCCUGCCGAGUAGCACUACUGCCGAAGUGAAUGCCUCAAAGUCGUUUCCCAUUAGCGUGCAACGAGCGUUUCCGACACAGUCGUGCGGAAUCCGAAAUGAAAAUACGAUAACACUUUGUUUCAAGAUGCAUUUUUUUUUUUGCAGUUUAAAAAAAAUGUCGGUAUGGUGACAUUGAUGUACUGGUGCCAAUAUAACGAAAAGCUUAAACACACAAUUUCUGAAUUCACGCCACAAUACUUCAACUUCUGAAUGAAAAAAAAAAAAGAAUCGCUUAUGUCACCGAUUUUGCAAUCACAUAAUUAUAACAUUUUAGUGAUAAAACUUUUUUCUAGUCGUUUAUUGGUGAAGUCCAAAAAUGGAUUUACCCUGUGAACUCCUUGAAGUAUAUAAGUAGGUAUUAGGUGCAACGUGUUAUAAAAACCAUACACAUCUAACUGCAGAAAUAAAUAACUGUGGCAUUACCUUACUUCAGAGAAGUUACUUCAAUUUUAUCUGGGAAGCUGUUUUGCAACAUUCAAGCCCAACAAUUAAUUUCAUUUUUCUACGUUUUGAAGAAAAUUAAGACUAACAAAAAGCUGGCGAAUUGAUUUGGGAAAGUUAAACAAUUGCCAUUUUGAAAUAAAUAUUAGCACAGUCUCAGUUAAUGUUACUUCUGACUUAUUCUAGGUGUUGCUCAUUCCUGUAUUGUGGUUUUACACAUCAGCGCUGAAACAGACGAGCGACAUUAUACUUAAAAUAAAGUUUUGAACGACAGUCUUCGAGCUUAAAUUUCUGGCAAGAAUUUUUCAUUUAUAUUUUAAUGCAUUGGCGAGACAAUAUAGUGCAUUUUAGUUAUUGUAAAUGAAAUUUUCUUCUCGUGCCCACAAUUGAUUGAAUGGCUCAGGUUUUUUUAUGUUCAUGCCUAAGUGUGUAUUCUAACCACAGUUUAAAUAAAUAUGGAUUUUGAAAGAAAAUUCAGCUCCUACAUGAAGAUUGUGACAUGUUUAUGUAUAUUUUGGAAACGUUUUAUUUCUUCCAACUCCAAAUAAGAAUAAAGUAAUUUGACUAAAGAGUAAGCUCAAAUAUUGUUCUCCAUUUACGUGGCGUCACAUAAAAUACGAUAAAACAUUUAAAAGGGGUGAAGGAAACAACUGAUUUUAUGUUAUAAAACGUAUCGCCAAUAAAUAUAUUUACAAUAAUUUCUUUGUUCCGUAAUAAUUUUUGAAAUGAGUUUUUUGAAGAAUAAUUUUUGUUGUUACUGUAAUGCGGCUUGCAGUCAAGCUUUCUGUUGACAGAAUAUCUUUGUUACUGAGCUGCACGACUCAAGAUUGGAUAAAUUUCCCUCUAUGAAUUUAAGUUAAAUACAGGAAGACUCAGUGGCAUUUUCUUGGGAGAUAUUGGCGCGUCAAGUUGCAUCAUACAAGCUUCAGUGCCCCGUCAUAAAGUUAACUGUCGGUUGUUUGUUAACACGAGCAAAAUAAUAAUACGAAAGCUGCUACUGAAGUUAAGAAGAAUCUUCAUAUAGUUGACGGCGAGUCUGACACUUCAGGAGGCAAGGCCUGUCACAGCAUUUUGGAUUACAGAAAGAGAAUCUUCCGUUUCUGAAGUGUAGCAGGCGGAAAACCAUUUUGAAGAUGGAUUGGACUGCAAGAUUGCUUCGUACAUUGUGCAAGCUGAACAUUUUGAAUGCAAAAUCAACGAGUCCAUAGAAAUAUUUUUGCUGCAGUUGUAAAAAUAUUAGGUUUACUUUUUAAAUUUUAUUUUUACGAGGCUGAACACUUCUAUGGAAAAACAAAGCGAUCUCAUUUUUAAGGUGCAAUUGAUUUCAUUUGGUAUUUAUUGUCAGCACUGUAUCGAAUAAACAGAAAAAUGUUUCAAGGUUCACUCGAUACGCAUAAGACGUAACACUCCUAGUUUCACUUCUAGUUGUGCAUAAGCAAAUGCUCCAAUCGACCAAACAACGUCUGUAGUUAAAUAAUGCUGUUGUGAAAGUGACGGUGUGGGAAAACAUUGGGUUUUCAAAUUCACAAACAAAAUGAUUGAGGGUCAUUACUCAUAGUCAAGAUGGUAAUUUUUAAACGAUCAUUUCGCAAGCAAGAUAAAUUUUCCUGUUUUUACUUUGUAACUGCACAGUGGUUUAAAAAUACCUGUUUUAACUCAUGAAAGAAGUAAACCGUUACUUAUUAAAUUUGAAGACAUCAUUAUGCUGGCACAAGAAAACAUAUUUCAAAUUACUUGGAAUUUUUUGUGAGUAGUUUUAGCAUUCCAAUUUUCAUUUUUCAAUGAUAACAUAGUUAAUUGUGCAAACAAAAUUAAAAGAUAUUUUGAAGCAUUCAAGAAAUAAAAUAGCGAAUUCAUUAAGUAAAAACUUAAUAACAAGCAUCUUAUAAAUUUUAUCCUACUAAGCAUAAGCAUUAAAGAAUAUUAUUUUGAAAAAUGCUAUUGCCAAUUUCUUUUACUCAAAAUCGAGAGUUUCGUUUGGAUACCAACAACAUCAAGAAUUGGAUAUAUUGUAUAUACUAAACCAUGUAUUCCAGUUAGGGUAAAAUGGUAACAGAAAUGUGCAAUAAACUUUUAUCUAAAACUUGAAAUUAUAAUAAAUUCGUAAGUAACAAAAUCCUACGCCGAAAGAAAUGUGCCACGCUAAUGUUAUGCACGUCAGUAAGUAUUGUAGUAAAACUUAUUGAAAGAAACUCAAGAAAAAUUACAGAGGUUCUGCUUUAAAAGGAUUAAACCAAUGAUUGCGAUUUACAUUUGGAUGAAGUGCAAAAAUUUGAAAAAAAAAAUUAAUUAUCAGUACAGACUUUUAAAAAUGCUCAUAAAUAAUAUUUAUUCCUUGUGAGACGUUUGUAUGUUGUCUCUUUUUAAAAUCACACGAGAUAUUUUCUAUAUUGAAUAUUAUUUGUGCUGCCGGUCAAAAGGAGUAAAAUUAUUUCAUUUUGGCUUCAAGACAAAUGCAACUAAAGCCAAUCAUAAUUCAAUAAGUAGGCCUAAUAUUCGUGUGCAAACUGUUUAAAUUUAUGCAUUAACAAUUUAUAUGUAGUGAUAGUGCAAUAACUACUCCACAUGAUAUUUUUGCAUAAUCAUUUUCUCAGCAAUGUUACCAACGUUUAUAAAAAAAAGUUGAUGUUAGAUAUAUUAAAUGGAGUAAGCAUAUGAUACUGCAUGACAUUUUUGACACAAAGAAAAAUUUGUAAGCCAAUUAAAGUGAAGAUUUUAUAAAAGCACAAAGCUUUGGAAGAUUUUGUAAGAAAAAGGAUUGAGGUUUCGUCAAGGAAAUCUUUAACAGUGGAUAAUUUUCUGGAAAAUUAUGCCAAGCGAAAUAUGGUGUUGGAGAACGAAAGUUACAGAGAAGAUCUGCUUAAAGCUGUCUAGUAGAUGAGACUGUGCAGAAACAUUGAAAAGAGGCAAAGAUUGUUUUGGUGAGUACUCUUUAAUUGGUUAGUUGGGUACGUUAUGCUUGGGGACUAUCAUUCUUGAAUCAUAUCUGUGUAUUUGGCGUGUGCUUGAGCGAGUGCAUUUUGCAGGCAGCUUGAGGCUUGACGCUCGCUGGCAAAAUGUGUCGCUCGUAGCCAUCCAGGAGGGUCAGCAGAGUUGGCAUGUCGUGAGCUUUGCACAUCUCGGGAAACAGCACUCGGCUGACACAAGCCACGUCGCCAGAGCAGGCAGAAAACGCACAGACGAACACAACGCACACCGCUCACUUGUCUCCUGUUCUCUUUUUUUCUCAACGACAAACUUUAGCUUUGAGGCAUUCACUUCCUUUCUAGUCGCGCGAUAAGCAUGUUCGGAAUAAUGCACAACGAGUACAGGCGUGUGUCUGGUCCGUUCAGGUAGCUACCUGUCGUUUCACCAUCGGCAUUUGCCACGUGGUUCGCCUUGUCAGUACUUUUUUUUUUAUUAUUAUUUUGCACAUCGGGAAACAAACGUGAAAACAUGUUUUCAAAUCUUCCCAUGUCUGAGAUGUGCAAAGCUCCUAAAUCAUACCCAUUCAAAGUUUCAAGAGUGAUGGUGAUCGUGUAGUGCAUGCAAAUUAUGUUUGUAGUUAGUUGGUUUGGUAUUUUUUUAGUUUAUAGAUGCAUGAUAACUUUGUGUAUUUUAUAACUUAGAAAUUGUCUUGUGUCGUAGGUCAGGUAAAGCCUGACUGCAGCGAGAUUUUUCGUUAAGUCUUUGAAAAGUGCAUCGUAUCCUUUUAAGUGUUUCUGUUAAUUAGUUAUGUCAAUGACGAGGGUAAAAUUAACUCAUUCAUUAAGAUUUAAAUUGGAUUCGUUUCCCCAAGCACUGACUGUCAUUACAUUGCACUGGUUCAUCUUUUCAGGUAACUUUAUCAACGGAAUUAUCAUUGUGGUGUAUUUCACUGACCCUUCUUUAUGUAUUAAGGUUUGAAAUUUUGGAACUGAAUGAACUUAAAAUUACUAAAUACCCAUAGGCGUGCCUACAGGGGGGGCCAGGUGGGCCAUGGCUCCCCCUAAUGUAAUCACUCAGAUCGGCAUUUUCUCUAAUGCGUUCGUUAAUAUUCGUAUAACUUAUUCCUGGCACUAUGACACUCAAACUGUUUUUCAGUGUUGCAGCGUGCUAAUUAACAAUAUUUUUAAACAUUUUAUCGUUCUGGAAAUACAGCCGCCUUAGUUUAUUUAAAACACGAGGUCCCUUAAAAUGGCCAAGCAAAAAAAAAUAUUUAAGAGGUUUGUUAAAGUUCUGUUGUUUGAAUUGCUGUGUUUGCAUUCACUAAAAAGAAGUUCAUUUCAAGGUAUAUCUGGACCAAGCUAUUGGAAAAUUCGAGGGGGAAAAAUGUGUAAGUACCCUUUAAACAUUAUAUAUAAAAAAACAUAUUUUCAAGAUUUUUAAAAUUAUACGGAUAUAAAUUUUAACUAGUAAACAUAUCUCGUUGAUACUGCACAAAUAUAUAAACACGGCAAUGAGUGAAUGUAUUUAGGCAAUUUAACAUUCUAAAUUCAGCUUCUGAUUAAAACAUUUAGAAGGGCCCCGCACAGUGAUGCUACGGAAUUCUCGUAAUGCUGCUUGUGGCUAUCAUAUUUAUUUUCUUUUUUUUUUAAAUAUCUACAAUUUAUUUAUUUGUGUUGUCAAGACUUAUUGAUUUGUGCAAUUAACUUUAUAGUAACAUUCAUAUUCAUGUGUAUAGUGUGAUUGAAAAUGUAAGUAAUUUAUCUCUAUCCAUAACUAGGGGCAUGCCGAUUUCGGGACUAGAUGAAAGUUAAAACACUGUAGCAUCGUCUGUGUUUCGUGAUUGGGUGAGAUUCUUCCAGGUACAUAUCGAUUGUAACAACACCAAUCACAAUGAUUCAGUGCGGAAGCAAACGCGUCCUGAGUGGCUUGGUCAAAUAAGGCAACGACUUCUCUCACAGACGGCCGCCAAUCACAAGGAAGAAACCACAGGCGCGGGUAUACCUUGUUGCAGUCUAACAAGUGUUCAGAUCUUUUCGCGAAAUCUGCAUGCCCCUAUCCAUAACUAAUAAGCACGUCGUUUCACUUCUGUCUCGCGUGGACUCCACCCACAGUAAAGCCUUUUUUUUUAAGAUGUCAGUUGUGUUACUUUCGCAUGUAGUAAAGGACGACCAGGGUGUGUGAUCGGCGGUUACUUCCGCGGCACAGUCGCCGGCUCACGGUGCGAGGGGUCUGGGUUCGAGUCCCGGGUGUGGUGGCGUGGCUGUGAGUGAGUUAUCAUCCAAACAAGCCACAAGGAUUGUCGCCGUCGGUGAAGAUUGUCAAAGUUAAAACUAACUUGCCUCCAACCACAGGGUUGUAUUCCCGUCGGGGUCAAGCCAGGGCCGAGACUCUGCGGAAGUUGCCAUGGGCCAGUGGGUUUCCUCAGGGUUCUCCUGACUUCCUUUCCAAUGCAUUCCGCCGCUGACGUGUGUCAUCCGUCGUCCGUCUCCAACGGCCUCGCUCGGCGAGACGCGAAGCCCAUUGGUAGGGGCCGGCAUUUUUCGCGAAUAAAUCUGAACGCGUACUAGACUGCUACAAGUUAUAUCCGCACCAGCGGUUUCUUCCUUUUGAUUGGCGGCCGUCUGCGAGAGAAGUCGUUGCCUUAUUUAUGACUGUGCCAUUCAGGACGUGUUUACUGUCGCACUGAAUUGCUGUGAUUGGUAGAGACCUGCAAAAUUCGCGGAUUCAUUGACCUCUAGGAUAGACUCCACAGUCCUUUAAAUACUCGCGGAAAUGACACCUGUUCAUUGGCUACUGACGCGUGAGACGUCUCAACUAGGCUGUCCGUAAUUCGGCACUUUCUUGGUUUAGUGUUUCCUAUUGGCUCACAGUUCCCCGGAUAAAAUGUGGGCCAAUCGCAGAAGCGGUACGAAGGUAUAGUUGUUUUGAUGCUAGCCUAUCGCGAAAUUAAUCCGCGAAUUUUGCAUGUCUCUAGUGAUUGGUGUUGUAGCAAUUGACGUGGAACUGAAAUAAACUCACCCAACCACGAAACACAGACGAUGAUACAGUAUUUUAACUUUCAGCUAGUCGCGGAAUCUUUUCGCGAAAUAUGCAUGCCCCUACCCAUUGGUAUGAAUGAAACUCGUGUGUGGUUACACUGCUCAAGGGGAUGGUAUCCUAAAUUAUUUUGCUUAUAAUAUUUAGUGUUUUUGCACAUGAGUAGUAUGUAAAUGGGGCUACUAGA